AUGUUAAUAAAGCUUAUCAAGGAGUUGAAGGCACCAAGUUCUUCAUCAAAUGAAAACACUCCACAAUCUGCCACGAUCCUGGGUAAUUUUGCUGAACUAUACAAUGCAAUUAUUAAUGCCAAAGGAUGUAUUGGGAACGUAAAUCAAGAAAUUAUUAAAUGCUACUUUACUUUUGGAAAAAAACUUGAAGAAAGGUUAACCGAGUAUAAGGGAACUAAUAAAGAGC